AUGCCAGUGACAGCAUUGGUCAAGCAGACGUGUGCAGGUUGUCUGACCCCGAUCAGAGACCGAUACGUGCUGAAUGUCAUGAACGAGUGCUGGCACGAAAGCUGCCUCCAGUGUGAGCUCUGUCGAGUGCCAUUGACCGGCUCCUGCUUCUCUUGUGGCGGGAAAUUCUACUGCAAACAUGACUAUGAACAACUGAGCACUAGCAGAUGUGCCGGCUGUCAUCAAACCAUACCUCCCCAGGAACUGGUCAUGAAAGUGGACAACAACCACAUCUUCCAUCUUCCGUGUUUCUGCUGUGUCGUCUGCCGGCAGCUUCUACAGAAAGGUCAGCAGUUUGUGGUCAAGGACGGGCAGCUCCUCUGUCGUCAGCAUUACGAAACGGAGUUCAUCUUCUGUCCAGUAAGCCCAACAAGCGAUACUAGUGACUGUUGCUAUGACGACGCUGACAACGAUGAACUGGACAGUACCAAGGGUCCUAAACGGCCACGGACGAUUCUGACUACCGGUCAAAGGCGAAAGUUCAAGGCCUCAUUUGAAAUGAAUCCAAAACCAUGUAGAAAGGUAAGAGAAUCCCUGGCAGCGGAGACUGGCCUGACGGUCCGAGUGGUCCAGGUGUGGUUCCAGAACCAGCGAGCCAAGGUGAAAAAAUUAGAACGGAAACAAAAUACAGAGAACAAGAACAAAGAGCACAACAAGAUCAACAAUAACAAAAAGUGUCAGGGAGCGAAGAGGGAUCCAGGUAGACACAGCAAUGAGACACACAAGUUCACAGACAACAAGCAGGAACAGGACAGUGACUUCGACUACUGUGCUGACAAUCAUAGCAGAGAUGGCUUUGUGAUUACUAAUUACUCUAGCCCAGACAACAGCAAUUCAUUUUACCCAGACAUUGUGUUGGACAUUAAAGAUCGGAUAGAUCACCUUGACCUUCUGUUGUCGAACAGCCGAGGUCACGAUCGUCAAAAAGUCGUAACCUCCGACCCUACUCCUAUGGAUAAACUAUAUUCAAUGCAGAUGUCAUACUUUUGUUCAAAAUAA